GAAAGUGGUCAGUCCGAGGAUUGCCGUGAAAGGUGUCGAAGUUUUUGCGGUUAAUUUCAGCAUGGUCCAGUGGUUUGAUCCAGUUCUACUGCUGGCAACACUGCUGGUAACCUCUGGAAGUACGGCGAAACGAGAUGAGUAUGAUAUCAACAUUAAGCACGGUUCCUUCAAGAUUCACCAGAAACACAUCAAUGCACGACCUUUCAAGGAAAGCAAUCGGGAAGAGCAUGGAUCUAUUGGUCAAAACAAUCCACAGAUUGGUUACAAGAAAGAAGUGUCAAUGUCAGGAGAUUCGCAACAAUGGAUGAAAGGUGAAAGGCGUCCUCUUGGUAAAAUGGAAAUCAAAAAGGUUACAGUUAUCGGAGGUUCCAAGAAUGGAUCAUUCAACCAGGGAUCUCGAAGUGGGAAUCGAGCGAUGAAGGGUACGCGGCAAACCGGUGGCAACAUGGGAUGGUCCUAUUCAACAACGUAUGGCGCUGAUGAGUCCAUGACCACUGAACUUCCCCUCCACAAGUUCGGAAGCAGGCAAAUGAUGAGUUCCAAGAAGGUAAUUAAACCCCUUAAGCGACCAUUAAAGGAGUACAACUGGAUUUCUACCACUCCCGGAUAUCAGAAUUACGUUACAACGAUCAUGUCGAAGGAAGAAGAAGUUGAAAAGGAGGGUUUUAUUGACGGUCUAGACAAAAUUCCACUGCGGGAUACGUCAACUGCUAUAUAUGAUAAAAUUAACCAACAAAGUUCUGGAAAAAAAACCAUUUUGGAGGACUAUGACCUACACCGAACGACGAAGGCAACUACUAUGGCAACGUCUACGGAAGCAGCCAAAACUACUACUGUUGCUCCAGUUACUCCAGAUUUAUUAUUCCGCAAUCCUCAACUAAGAGUUCCUUUCGAUAGUGAUAAAACUGGACCGGUGCAAUUUCCGACUGCGAAAGAAACAAGUUCAACGACUUUAUUUCCUUGCGUAAGUACUACUAGUACCACGACUACAACAACUACAACUACUCCAGCACCUACGACUACGACAACCGCUAGGAAUUUUAUUCUGUCACAGUAUGCUAAAGAAGAAGAAGAUAAGAAUGCCGUUUAUCUUUUGAUUAAAUACGUAAAACCAAAACUUCCUGGUGAGAAACCAACAGCCCAUCUUGUAGACAUCUUUGGUCCGCCGAGUCAAACAAAGCUGAACAAGGAGCGAGGUCGUUUCCGAAACAAUUUUGAGCGAUCUGAUUUUGGGUUUUCUACCAAUGACUUGUUGGAAAGCUUGAGAAAUAUACAUUUUGAUAGUGGUGAGAAAACGACAACUGGUUACGCAGUCAGCGAAGAGACGGACGAUGAUGAACGGUUGGUGGUCACUAAACCGCCGCUCCCAGUAGGGAGUUCUCCUCAAAGUAAACAAAAGGCAUCGAGUACUGGUUCUAAUGACACCCGAUUCAAUCAAAACGGACCAACUGUGGGUCAAGCAAAUACGUCCGGACUCUCCGCGAGUUUUACGUUUCAGCCAGAUCGGCUAGCUCAGAAUUAUGUCGAGCAGCAGAAGGAGAAUGAGCGUCAUCGUCAGCGGCUUAGUCAGAUUGUAGUGAAUGAUGUGAUAACAACUCAAUCUAGUCAGUUACCGAACUCACCAGACGUUUCGGCAACAUUACCAAAUCAAAUCAUUCCACUCAGUCAACCGACGCAGGCGAUGAUUCAAGCAGGGUUCCUCCUUCCCACUAUACUGUGGGGAAUAGCAGCCACUCAACAGCACGAGCGUCAGCAGUUGCAACUACAACAGCAACAGCAACAACAGCAACUUCAACAACAGCUAUUGCAGCAGCAGCAACUCCAACAGCAGCAACUUCAGCAACAGCAGCUUCAGCAGCAGCAAAGUCAACAGCAGCAACUGGUGAAACAGCAGCAGAUUCAACAACAGCAAAUCAAACAGCAGCAACCGGAGCAACAACAAUAUCAGCAACAGCAACCAGAGCAGCCACGGUAUCAACAACAACAACAAGAUCAGAGACAAUUUCAACAACAACAACCAGAGCAGGAACAAUUCCAACAGCAACAACCAGAGCAGCAAAGAUAUCAGCAACAACAACAGCAACCAGAGCAGCUUCAGUAUCAACAACAGAAGUCAGAGCCGCCACGGUAUCAGCAGCACAUAAUAUCUGACCAACGACAAUUUCAGCAACAGUCACAGCAGCCCAGGUUUCAACAAAAAUCAGAACAGCAACAAUUCCAACAACAGCAACCAGAGCAGCAACGGUAUCAACAGCAACAACAGUUGGAGCAGCUUCAAUAUCAACAACAGAAGCCAGAGCAGGCACGGUAUCAGCAGCAAGAACAGCCAGAGCAGCGACAAUUUCAACAACAGGCAGAGCAGCCAAGGUUCCAACAAAAAACGGAACAGCAACAAUAUCAGCAACAACAACCAGAGCAGCCACGGUUUCAACAAAAACCAGAGCAGCAACAAUAUCAGCAACAGCAACCAGAGCAGCCACGGUUUCAACAACAACAGCAGCCAGAGCAGCAACGAUAUCAACAAACCCUGCCACAGAUUCAACCCACUGUCGAUUUGUUUACCCCUCGUCCAAAAGCAGUGCAAACCCAACCGCCGCGGAGCUCUGAAAAUAGGUACAAAGAGCAAGACCUGUCCAGUAUACACCUGAAUCAUGAUUCUAUUAACUCGCUAGAAGAAUCUGAUGCAAAUGAUAUUGGUGCAUUGCGAGACAGUUAUGGACGAUUGCUGGGUGAAAAUGCUCGAAAUUUCGAUGAAAACGAGCCGACUCAGCGUCCGAGUACGCAAAAUAUAGAGAACACGAAUGCAUCGUUCGAAGAAUUCGACGGAACAACGGACCCACUUGAACUAACAGAAAUACUCGUGCGUCGGAACGGAGGACUGACCGUCGAUCAAUUCAACAAACUGUUUAGAGACUUUUUAACAAGAGAACUUACAGAAAGUGACCUUCGCAAUAAUUACGAAACUGUGAGUACUAUUCGCGAAAAAGGCACGGAUGAAGAGCAGAUAGAAUCAAACAGUUCUCAGGAACAGCAACAGUCGGAAGAAGGUGUAAACGAAAUCUCAAACUCAUACGAGUCGAAUGAUUCUGAGCAGGGAAUUAAAGUGCAGAUCAAUAAAACACCUGUCCGGUUCGAGCCGAUCGUCAAAAUUGGAUAUGGAGGUUCAAAAUCUCAUCAAGGCGUCUACAAGUCACCAAAGUUCUACGAAAAAUUCAAGGGAACCAGUAGUCAGGAGAUUCAGCAAGAACAACAACAGCAGCAGUGGGCUUCUACUGAGCUAUCGCAAAGUACUACAACUGGGUCAUACACCGAUAGUCCCCUGUUUGGAUUUGUGGCUUCUAGAAACACUGCCAAUCAACAGCAGAACCUGGAAAGCAAACAAAUUCAAGAUACUCCCCCUCAGCAGCAACAAACGCUGCAGGAAAACAACUUAGGUACUGGACCUAAUGAAAGUGGCCAUCGGGAAGCCGGACUUAGUUAUAUUAAGUUUGAAAAGUUCAACUAACCAAACAGACUGAGAGCUAACCAAGUAGUAAAUUGUUGAUUUAGUGCUAGUUGCAGUUGUUACAUGUUAAUAAAUCCAAUGUUUAACACGAAAAGCCCGAUUAUUUUCCUUUUGGUUUCUUUCACGCUAGCACCACAUGUUAAGGAAUACCAAUGAGGAAACGACGGGCCCGAUAGUUCACUUUUUAGCAUAUCCGUAGCAUGUUCGCGCUUCGGAUACGCUCGCUUUACUUUUAUGUUUACCCACUCGGAAUGAUGCAAUUCAAUCAAAGCACAGGUGUUUCCACCGGCAAAAAAUGAGCCAAGGCAUUGUGAAACUGCUGGACCUUGCGGAAAUGGAAACCAACCAAGUGUAACUAUCGAUAUAUGCAUUUU